UUUUUCAUCACAGCCAGACGGUUUUGUGCACGACUCGGCUGUUGUUUCAAAGGAAUUGCAUAAGCUGGGCCUCUAUACAUACAUACCUACAUAUACAUUUGAUUACUUGUACCGAAGUGAAGUGUGGCAUAUACCGAUUAACUACGAUCAGUUUUCCUAGUUGAAUUAACUUGGCUGAAAUUUAAAUAGUAAUUUGUUGUGAUUAAUUGCGCGCAAGUGAAAGGAAAGCAAUUUCAAAAAUAAAAACAAGUACAAGUGCAAGUGUGAGGAAGUGCAACGAAAGAAAUGGCUCCCCUACGUAUCGCCAUUAUUGGCCAGAGUAACUUUGCUGCUGAUGUAUUGGAAUUGUUAUUGGAAAAACAGUACAAUGUUGUUGGUGUUUUCACCAUACCGGACAAGGGUAGUCGCGAGGAUAUCUUAGCUACUACUGCCGCCCGACAUAAUAUACCCGUUUUCAAAUUCUCUUCGUGGCGCAAGAAGGGCGUCGCCCUGCCCGACGUGCUCCAGCAAUACAAAUCCGUCAAAGCUACGCUCAAUGUUUUGCCAUUUUGUUCGCAAUUCAUUCCAAUGGAAGUAAUCGAUGGCGCAGACUUGGGCAGCAUUUGUUAUCAUCCCUCAAUUUUGCCUCGUCACCGUGGCGCCAGUGCUAUACAAUGGACGCUGAUCGAGGGUGAUGAGGAUGCCGGCUUCACUAUCUUUUGGGCAGAUGAUGGUCUCGAUACGGGCCCGAUUUUGUUACAAAAGCAGACACCGGUCGAACCUACCGAUACGCUAGACACCAUCUACAAGCGGUUUCUUUAUCCCGAGGGCGUUAAGUCAAUGGGUGCUGCUGUCGAUUUAGUCGCCGCUGGUACGGCGCCAAAAAUCACACAAACCGACAUAGGCGCCACGUAUGAUCCAGCUAUGUUUAAGGAGGAGAAUCAAUUUAUCGAUUUGAAUCAGCCUGCACGUAAUAUCUUCAACUUUGUGCGCGGUAUGGAUUCACAACCCGGCGCUAUAGCGGUAGUGUUGAAAACGGACGGCAGUGAGGAGAAGAUUCGCCUGUUCGGCGCACACAUCUACUCUGCUGGGCCGGUGAAACAAUUGGGUUCGCUAAAACUGAAAGGCGUGAAGUCGCCGGCCUAUAUACACCAAGAUGGCUUGCUCAUUCAAGGUACGGAUGGUAACUUUGUCAAUGUGCGCCGCUUGAAGAAGGGCUCCAAGAUGAUCAACGCCGCUGACUGGUUUAAGCAGAGCGAUCAGCCACAGAUCACCGAAUUUAGCGAGGAUGAGUUGUUGAAGAAAGAAAUAUUGCGUGGUAUUUGGAGCUCUAUUCUCAAGGCGACUAUUGAGGCGGAUACUGACUUUUUUGCGGCAGGGGCCGGCUCCAUGGACGUAGUGCGUUUAGUGGAGGAGUGCAAGGAUGCUUUUGAUGUGCCAUUGGAGAAUGAACAUGUCUUUAUGGCGCCGGUGUUCGAAGAGUUUUUCGUAGAGAUCGUUAAGAAUAUGCGUCAAGGUACCUCCGCUUCGUCUGUAGAGGUUCCCUUCGAAGGCUUCAUUAUGCGCGCCAACAAACGAGAAAUACCCGUGCCAACACAACUCUUUAUAAACGGUGAAUUUGUCAAUUCUGAGGGCAAAAAAACAUUGGACAUUGAGAACCCCACUAAUGCCCAGCUAAUCUGCAAAGUCGCAUGCGCAUCGCGUAGUGAUGUCGACAAGGCUGUGCAGGCAGCUCACAAUGCUUUCUAUGGUUCGUGGAAACAAGUGUCACCGCGUCAGCGUGGCCAGCUCAUGAUGAAGCUCGCUGAUCUGAUGGAGCAGUACAAAGAGGAUUUGGCCACAAUUGAGUCGGUGGACUCGGGCGCUGUUUAUACGCUGGCACUAAAAACGCACAUUGGCAUGUCGAUCGAUGCAUGGCGUUACUUUGCUGGCUGGUGUGAUAAGAUACAAGGUAGCACCAUACCAGUAAACCCAGCUAGACCCAAUAAUGUGUUGACAUUCACGAAGCGUGAGCCAAUUGGCGUCACCGGUCUUGUAACUCCCUGGAACUACCCGCUUAUGAUGUUAUCGUGGAAAAUGGCUGCUUGCAUUGCUGCCGGCAAUACGUGCCUCAUCAAACCGGCGCAAACGUGCCCACUUACGGCGCUCAAGUUUGCAGAGCUCACUGUGAAAGCUGGCUUCCCACCAGGCGUCAUUAACGUUGUGCCUGGCCAAGGUUCGGGUGCAGGGCAAGCAGUUGCAGAUCAUCCUUUGAUACGAAAACUGGGCUUCACUGGUUCCACACCCAUCGGCAAGGUGAUCAUGAAGUCUUGUGCUGAGUCCAAUCUGAAAAAGUGUUCGCUGGAAUUGGGUGGCAAGAGUCCGUUGGUUAUAUUUGCCGAUUGUGAUCUGGAUAAGGCCGUCAAACAUGGUAUGUCUUCGGUGUUCUUCAAUAAGGGUGAGAACUGCAUUGCUGCCGGUCGUCUGUUCGUUGAGGAUCGCAUACACGAUGAAUUUGUGCGUCGCGUUGUUAAGGAUAUCCGCACUAUGACUAUUGGUGACCCUCUGAAUCGUUCCACAGCACAUGGCCCGCAAAAUCAUAAGGCGCAUUUCGAUAAACUCAACGAGUUUUGCAAACGUGGCGUCAAAGAGGGAGCCACCUUAGUCUAUGGUGGCAAACCUGUACCUAAUACUAAGGGUUACUUCUUCGAACCAACUGUUUUCACCAAUGUCGAGGAUGAAAUGUACAUUGCACAAGAAGAGUCCUUCGGUCCCAUUAUGAUUAUUUCCAAGUUUAAUGGCAGUGAUGUGGAUUCAGUGAUGAAGCGCGCGAAUCGUAGCGAAUACGGUCUGGCUAGUGGCGUCUUUACCAAAGAUAUUAGCAAGGCUUUGGCUUUUGCCGAUCGCGUGGAGGCGGGUACGGUAUUCGUGAAUGUUUACAAUAAGACUGAUGUGGCUGCACCAUUUGGUGGCUUUAAGCAAAGUGGUUUUGGCAAGGAUCUGGGACAGGAGGCGCUCAAUGAGUAUUUGAAAACCAAGUGUGUGACUAUUGAAUAUUAGCGUGAGUGAUUGGAGAUGUGGGCGGGAAGUGUGCAAAGUAAAUACGUAAAGCAAGCGAAAGACGAUUGUAGGAUAAGAGAAAAUAAAAAUGUAUGUAAACGUAAGGCAGCUACUUAAGACUUCUAAUUUCUAGAAUUUACGUUUCUUAAACAUAUCAAAGUAGUUAUAUUAAGUUAAGUGUUAAUAGUAGGAAAUGAAUGUGAAUAUUAAUAAACAAUAUUUUGCCACUCAUAUUCAGUUUAUAAGGAAAGUUAUAAAAAAUAUUUUAAAUAUCCGUUAUUUUAUUUUUAUAAUUCU